CGGAAAAGAAGACCUUGCAAAAGUAUUUUUAAUAUGUUAUACAAGUAAGCUAAGAAUUUAAUCUAUACUUGUUAUGACAUACUGCUUUGUUAGGACAGCUCGUAAUGCCAUUCCCAUGAAACUAGCAUUAUUUUUUUUGAUAAUAUCAAAGACUAAUGUUCAGUGUUACAUGCUGUUCCGUAAUGUAUUUUUUUAAAUUCAUGCUCAUAUCUUGUCUAAAAUCUCAGAAAUAAAUUAGUAAAAAGAUUUGCAGAGAAAAAAAUGGCAAACAUGUUUGGUGGUAAAAACAUUUCUUUUGGUAAUUUAAAAGAACGAGUGCAAAGUGCUCAGCAAGAGUUCAGUGCAAGCUGGAAGACAAUUGCAGACAAAGCCAAAAAAGAAGCCAAAAUUGUUAACAAGAAAGCCAGAAAAGCACUGGCAACAGAAGAUGGUGGCAAGUUAAGGGAAAAUUAUAUACUGACGGUAAACCUUGAUGCUGGUCAUACAUUGUUUAAAACGUUUGAGGAAACCUGGGCAUCCAUGCAUAAGGAAUCAGUUACUAAUGUUAAAAAAUCAGAGGAUGUUGAUCGCAACAUUUCAAAUUUUUCUAAAGAGUGGGUGAAAUGGAAUGGGUAUUUGGAGGAAUUCCAUGGCAAUUUGGUGGUAUUACCAGAAGUUGUUGCCAAAGUUGAAAUUAUUCAAAAACGAAUAGAAGCCAUUGGCAAACAGACUCAGAAAAUUGAAGAGCUUUUACUGCAAUAUGAAGAUGCAUGUGAGCGUUGCGAAUUUGAGAAACAAAAAAUGGAAUUGAAAGUAAAAUUGAGUCAAUUGGUUGAAACAAAACAUGCUGAAUACACUCUUAAAAAAGCCAUGAUUGCUGGUAAGGACAAGCAGUGCGAAAAGACAGUUGUCGAGGAAGAGUCAACCGCAAAAUUAAGUAGCGUGGGAACACCUAAAAUACAUCGUGAAGUGGAACGAGAAAAAUCUGUGGAUAAACAACAAGCAUAUGAAGAUGCUUUUCUUGAUCAGAUGAACCAGUACAUCAAAUACGGAGAACUAGAAAAGCCAAUAGCAGGUUCAGUUGGUGAAAUAGACAAUGUAAGUCAAAUAGAAGAUAUAACUAUUGACGACUCUGAUUUGUCCACCCUGAAAGAAUUUUUAGGACCUGAGGAACUUAACUCUGUACUUCAAGCACAAGCUUCGCAAAAUAAAGCCAUAAAAAAUAGUACGUCGUCUAAUGGCAUUGAAAAUUCUGUCAUAACAGCUCCAACCUUAACAGAGGAUCAACAAGAAGUGAUUGCUGAUGAAAGCACAGAAACAGACAAAUCAAGUUCAACCAAUGAAACAGUUGUUGGUGAAGUUAAGAGUCAAAGUGAUACAAAAUCUGCGGAAGCUGUCAAUAAUCAAGUCGAUGAACAUUCUACUAGUCAGACUAAUGAUAAAAAUGAGAUGGGAGAAACUGACAUUGAACGUAAGCCAUCUCGUGGUAGCGAGGAUGAUGAUGAUGGUGAAUUUUUCGAUGCUGCUGAUUAGUGUAGUUUAUUGUCAGAAAAAUUUGAAACGUUUCUUGCAGGUGAUAAAAAGCAGCUUAUUUUUUGCUAGAAUUAAUUUUUUUGGAGAAUCAUAAAAUUUUAUCAACAUUUGUCAUAAACACAAUAACGGAUUUAAUCACCUAGUUUUUCUUUUUCCUUUAACUAUAAGUUUCAUUUUUGCUAGAAAACAGAAAAUUUUGUUUUCAUGAAAUUUUGUUAUUUCAUUUUGAAGCUCUAUUUUUUUUAUAUUCCUUAUUUACUAGUUUUUUUAAGAAAAUGUUUCUGGUUCUGUUUUUCUUUGCAUUGUUGAUAUAAAAGGGAUUACCUAAUAUAGAAGGUUAAAAAUUCCCCCUGUUGCCCAAAAAAGAUUUGAGUGUCUGCUACUACCCUGCAUUUUCUUUCUCAUUGUUAAUUUUCUUAAUUUUUGUAUGGUGCAAAGCCUAAUGUUGGAAUGUUGCAAUUUUUUUAUUUCUAAUAUCCUAUAACAAUUUUUAACGUCUUGUGGUUAUACGGCUGCAUGAUCUUCAUCAGCACUGUGAAAACAUCAAGCUGUAUAACUUUACAACACAGAAACGUUUAUCAGACAUUGUAUAUGUUGCAGGGAACAUAACCAAUUGGAAAUUAUGCAUAUAUUGUGGGUGUUAUUAUAAGGGUUAGGGUUUGUUAUUAUGCAUAAUAACCGCUUAAUAUGCAUAAUUUUGGAAUUCAUCACAAUCCCAUAACAUAUACAUGCCAUAUUUUUUUUUGACUGUCUUAUAUUGAUUAACUUCCCUAGUCAUUGGAUGGUUAUAAAAUGUUUUGAGAUAUUAGGUAUAAAUUUGUAACAGUUCUUGACAUGUAUAUAUUGGAAUAUAAUGAUGUUUCGUCUCUCUUGGAAAGAAUUAACCUUGUCAAGGUUAGAAAUAUAUGGAAAAAAAUUCCCA